AUGAUCUUUUCGCCUCGGUUUACUCGCCUCUUGCUGCUGGGUUCAGCAUUGGCUCCGAUCGUCUCAGCCUCGCCUACGAAUUCCCUCUUCAUCCGAGACUCUCAGUGCUCUGCUGGCUUAGAGUCCUGCCCUACGAGUCUGCCCGACAACUUCUGCUGUUCUCAGGGAACAACCUGUCUACCAUUAGCUGGCGACACUACUGCGCUGUGUUGUCCUACCGGCCAGACUUGUGAAAAGAUCCAGCCCAUUGCGUGCGACAUCAGCUUGCAGGAUCCAAGCAAAAACUCACAAUCGCCGAUCAAAACCAGCGUCUUCGACGUCUCUUUGGGGAAAUGUGGCGCCAACCUCUGCUGUCCGUUUGGAUAUUCCUGUGUUGGAGGCAACCAGUGCCAGAAAGACGCUGAUCAGAGCACGUCUCCAAGUGCCAGCUCUUCAUCUACUGGUUCGCCCACAUCAACAUCGCCAACAUCUGGUUCUCCAACGUCUCCUGCAUCGGCUACAUCAGCUACAUCAGCUUCUGCGUCAGCUACAUCCCCUCCCGCUACUUCGAUCGUCGUUGCGCCAGUCACUACUGGAGCAGCGACGCAGCCUGCAGAAGAGUCUUCCCUCCCGUCAACUACUUCAUCGCCGGACUCUUCCUCUACGGAGACUGCAACUCCGGCUGCCAAAGCUUCGAACCCAAAGACAAUCUCAAUCGUAGCUGGCGUUGUGGGAGGUUGCGCCGUCUUGGCUGCGUUGGGAAUCAUCGCGUUCCUGUUUAUCCGCCGCCGCAACCGCUACAGCGAGAGUGAAUACACUGAAAAGGCAAACAUCAAACAUCUUGGUCCUGGUCCUGGUCCCGGCCACCACGGCGGCAGUAUCAUCUCUGACCCCAUUCUUCAGCCAAACUCCUAUCGCGCUGAUUUCAUCCGCAAAACCCCCUCCAUCAGGUCUUUUGCGAGCCAGAGACCGCCCCGGAUUUCUUACCACGAGCGACACUCACAGCGACUUUCUAUCCCGAAUCCUUUCGACUCUCCCAACACUUCGGAUCACUCGCCUACCAAUUUCAACCCUUCUGUCUGCUCAGAGGACGACUUGAAUGCUCGUACGGGAGUCGUUGAGUCUGGGUCUCGAUUAGCUCCUAUCAGGGCGAUGAAAGCUUCCAGCACCCGAAUCUAUCCGCAAGACAUUCCCAGAGACAGAGAGCCUAGCGGGAGUGAGAGCAUAAAUGUGUUUGCCGAUCCUAUCAUGAUGCAAAACAACUAUGACAGGCGUCACACUCAGGGCACGACUUUUACAGAUCUCAUGUUGGAAGCUGAUCUUGACGAUGUACGACGUGGACAUCCGUACCUUGUUCAUGAUCCCAUGCCCACUAAUAGGAUAUGAGGCCGAUCAUGAUGGUACAUCUCCCAUCAUCUAAAACAUUAUACGAUGAUACGUUCCCUUUGUCGCCGACAAUCAUCUGUUUAACUACUCCCCUUUUGUUUACAUAUUCACGAAUUCCCUUUGUUUUGGGGGCCCUGCUUGUUAAAAAUGUGCAUACCGACAGCAAGAGGGCAAAGAGUGGGAGGUAUUUGCUUUAUAUUUGUUCAUUUCCUUUGUUUCAACAAGAAUGAGUGAUACCAAUGGAUCUUCCAAGAUCCAUUUAACGAUUUCCUUGUCUCCUUUGUGCAGGCAUAUACCAAGAGCUAUGGAUAGCGAGAAAGAGUCGGGCCGUAAAAAGUGGCUUAAUUUGGGAUAUUUCUCGGGUGGAUUUUUACCUCGUCAUGCCCGGUGAGAAGGGCAUAGUCUGAGGUGUGGUGUAUCAAAUUGGUUAAAGGUUGUAUGUAUUUGCUCGGGCCUUGAUGGCCCUGAGAUUUGGCUUUGUGGCAGUAAUGUAUUUAUUGAUUGAUUUGAUAAUUUUGUAUACAGAAUGAAGAGCAGUUGAAUAAUUCACAAUGACACAUACAUGUUAAAAAAAGAAAUGAAAGUUUUGAGUUCAACGCAGGGGAAUCAUAAGACGUAAUCACAAACGCUAUCAAUAUAAUUCUUCCAAGAUGCUCCCUCAGCUAUAUAUUAGUAACGAAUGCAGCUGUGUAUGCAUAUACAUAUAAAUGCACACAAACAAUACCUCGCUCGCCAGUUAUAUAUCACAUAUAAAUCGCCUCAAAUCAAAAACCCAUGUAACAAAUAAACAGACGGACAAGCCCUUUUCCUUAACGACAGUGAAUCAACUCCCCCUCCUAUGUCUUUUUAUCCCUCUUCUUCUUCUUCUCAAUAAUCGUCCCAGACACGCCAUGUUGCUGAUACUAUAGUAGAUUGUUUCAACAAUAUAAAAAGUAAUAAACACAAAAAAGAAAAAACAAAACAAAAAGCUGUUACAAAGACCAACCACUGGUAUUUGUCUGGACAAUAUCCAACACAUAAAAGCAAUAUAUCAAACAGAAAACAAACGGAAUUUCCUUUUCCGUAUAAAAUACCAAUAAAAACUCGCACAGCCCGCUCGUUUAUUUUAUAUGCCGACAGUAGUCAUUCCAUAGAACGGCUGCGUGCUGUAUUAAGAAAAAACUUGAAAGAGGAAAAAAAAAAAAAAGAUUUCCUCCCUUUCAUCACAUAACGCUGCAUUUUUUAUCAUGGUCCUUUGCAAUGGCCGGAGCGUCCACGUCCACCCAGGCGCUGGCGCUGCCAUUACGAUCAUCCUCCAAGAUGGCAGUAACUCUCUUCAUCUCGUCCUUUCUCUUCUUUGCGUUGGCAUUCCAGCCUCGUUUCUUCGCGUCUCGCAUAUUCUUUGCCGCACUCCUCUCUGCUCGACUGGGUCGUCUAUUUACUAGAUUCGAUGUCUGCCUGCCCGGCGAGGCAGGUGCCCCCUUCAUCCACGUCGGCAAGGCGAGAGUACUGGUUUCUAGGGGUGCUUCGGUGCCGGUAGAGAUUGUUUCCAGCCUCUCUACCGUGGGAGGGAGGGCAGAGCCGCCUGUUGCGCGAGGGCGUCUGGGUACAGGAGCUACGAUCGGCAUAUCACCUCGGCGAGACGUUCUGCGCCCUGGCGGAUCAAAGACACCGCCCACGCCUCCCGGCGUACUGAUAAUUAGAGGCUGGUCGAUUUCGGGAUUGGGCUCGUUUGCAGUGGAAGUCAAAGAGCCCCCGAUCGGCUGUGGUCGCUGUACUUGAGGGCUUUGCGAUGAGAGCAGGCUACCCGACAAGUUGAGUGGAUUUCCCUGACUGGCCCUCCUGAUAAGCCUGGCCAUUUGGUCCGAACUAGGGGCUGGUGGUAAAGCUGAGUUGGCCGUUUCGCUCUGAGCAUUCGAGCCACCUCUUUCUUCCGGAGCAGCCAUUGGCCAGGUUUGGGCAUUAGAGGGCCUCCUUAAAAGGCAACACGAGGCGUCGUUGGUCUCUAAUGUUGAAAUUGACGCAGAGUCGAGCCCUAGGCCUGAUCCACCGAAAUCAAAUUCAGGAUGCAACAUGGCAACUCCAGCGGCAGGACUACCCUCGUGUGCCCCCGUUGAAGAAUUCGAUGUCGCUGAGGUAGGUUGUGGCGUGACGGAAUCUCCUGACAAGGCCGUAGAUCGACCGUCUUGACUGUGAGUCAUGACUGGUGAGGUUGGAGGAGAUACUCCAUAUAGAUCUUCAUGAUCUAGCGGUCCAGAUGUGCUUGAUAAGGGCAGAGGCACAUCCUCAUCAACCCGUAGCCU